UCUUUAAACCACACCUCCAGCUCAGUAUAAAUUCUUCCUCUCUGAGAGAUCGGUCUCAGCCUCACACAGAAAGGGCUGACAGACUCACUGACACAGGGUGUUUUUCUCUCCUCUACAGUCUGCACUUUUUUCAGUGUAUGCCGUGUUUACAGUGCGAUGUGUCCUCCGCAUGUUUUGGCACGGCCGGUCGAGUCUUGACAGAGCUCCAGAAUCACAGUAAGGCUCUCAGAAGGUGACUGUUGAAUUUGACGGAUCACAGUGAGAAGGGGAAUCAGUGCCUGAGGAGAGAAGAUUCUGGGUCAGAGGCAGCUACAACCACCUCCAAAACGAAGGGUUUAACUUUGUGAUGGUUGCCUGGAAACACCUUUAACCCUUCUGCUUUCACCACUUUGACUGCAACUUCUCCUACUGCUGCAGAAGCAGCACUACUUCCACAACUGUUAUGCAAAGCAACAUGUCUACAAAUUCAACAAUUGACCACUGCAGAACAUCCAAUGAUGUCACGUAUGAAAUCCUCUCCUGGCUGAUGAUUAUCCAGUUCGUGCUGGGUCUGCCUCUCAACCUAUCGGUCCUCUACAUCUUCGUCUUCAGGUUCAAAUUCUGGAAGAACAAAAGUAUCUUCCUCUUCAAUAUAGUGGUGGCUGACUUCUUGCUGGUGGCCUGUCUUCCCGCCAAGGCCUACCAUUACCAACACCAUCAGAGGCGCAGCCAGGACAGCAUGGUGUGUAAGAUGAUGCUCUUCAUGCUGUUUCUCAACCGAGGAGCCAGCAUCGCCUUCCUCCUCAUCCUGUCCAUCGAUCGCUACUUCAACGUGGUCCAUCUCGGAAGGAGGAAUUUUGUCAAAAUGCUGAAGAAAUCUCCUCAAAUCUCCAUCUUCGUCUGGCUCCUCUUGUUGCCCCUCACCAUCCCCACAAUGCUGAAAACCUUUGAGUGCUGCAAUAGCCAUGGCCGUGAGGUUGAGACUUUUUAUCACGAUGUGACCGACACGUUCAGAGAGAUCGUCUUCUUCACCCAGAUCAUCAUCCCCUUCUUCGUCCUCGUCUACUGCACAGUGCGCAUCGUCAACAGACUGAGGAAGAAGACGGUAGGAGAAAAGACCAAACUGAGGAGAGCUAUGUGCGUUGUCAUGUCUGUUGUCGUCGUCUUCUCCAUCUGCUUCCUGCCUUGCACUAUAGCCAGAGCGGUGCUACUGUUCACCAGGCAGAAAUUCCCGGGGUCGGAGAACAUAGCGACUCAGGUCUACGACAGCUUCAUGGUUUUGUCUUACAUGGACUGCCUGCUGGACCCGCUGGUGUACUGCUUCUGCAACUCAGGGUUUAAAGACGCUUACGUAUCCGUCUUCUGCCCUACGUUUCUUCAGAAGAAGCUGGCAAAUACUGACUUUGGCUUGGGAACAACAACAACAACAACCACAACAACAACAACAACAACAACUACAACAUGUGGAAAUAGACCCAUUAUUUUGCCGAUAUUAGAGAAAUGAUUCUUUUUUUCUUAAAUUAUAAUUAAAACCAUCUUCGAGGGAGCACAGGUGAUUUAUUUACCAUUAUGCCUCAGCCACACAGAUACAGUAGCAUAACCACUGGUCCGCCUGCACAGCUUGUUUGCAGCUUCUCUGGUACUCUAUGAAAAUAUCAGUAAAGCAAUACUGGUCAAACUAAAGACAGCACAUGCUCGCAGUUUAUCUAGAGUCCAAAUUAUGAUUCAAAUGCAGUACACUUUUACUUUUACUAUUUCUCACAUAAUGUGCCAGCAAAAGGUUCAGUCAUGUUAUUGGUUUGUGUGUAAACUAAUUUUCUAUUCAAGGGCAGAUCAAAGUUUUAAAUAACUUUGUAUUGGAGCUAUCGAGACCUCUAUCCAGAAGUAUUUCAAUGUGAAUGUAAUGUGUCAUAUAAAGCUUAAAAAGUUGCUAAAUCGACAAAAAUAGGUGCAAAAAAAGAAAGUAUCACUGUCAGUCUGUACAUGUACUGUGAAGAAGACUGUUCAACCAAAACCAAAUAACUGCAAACCUCAGUGUGGGUGUAAGGGGCAUUUAAGUGUGUUAACAGGGUUGUGUAUAAAACUGAGAAACUGUCUGAUUUGUCGACUCAUGUGACUGCUGUCUAAUCUACAGUUGAAUACAGAAUGCAAAAUCAUUUAAGGACAGUGUGUUAAAUGUAAAUAUACCUUUCAUCUGCUUGCUUUCAAUAGUAGAAUGUAUAUAUAUAUAUAUAUUUGUAUUAUAUUAUUAUAUAUUUUAAUGUAUUAGGGCAUUUCUUUUGUGAAUUUUGUUACAUAUGAUGGCCCCCUGCAAUAACUACAGUAAAGUACACAGUAUGGUACAGAAACAAUCCAAAAAACAAGCUGCUACACAGCUCUCUUUCAUCACUCAGAGAACUCUGUAUCUCUGUGUUCAUUAUCAGUACCUCAAAUCAGUUGUACCUGUUCUUCUCGGGGUUUGGAAACCCCAUCACAUUACUCAAAAAUGUACAUUUACGUUUCAGUAUUUAACUGCUACUUGAAGAUUUUGGAAUGAAUGUCUUCCACGUCCACAUUUCCUGUCCACAACUGAUGUGUAACUCAUUAUUCAUGUCCCUUUUAUAAUCAGAGUAAACUAGCCUGUAUACAUGUUUGUGUUUAGGAAGUUAAAAAUGAUGUUCCACAACCAAUACGAAAAUGUCAAACCCAAGUGGACUACAGAAACCUGGAAGGCUGUUUUAAACUUUCCUCAUUCACACUGUAUACAAUUUUGGGCUGUUUAUGAAUAAAAUUUAAUUAUUUGUA